AUGGCGGCCGAGUGUGACUGUGUCCAGAGACCGGACUCGGCUCGGGCGGCGGCUCGGUGCUGCCCCCUGCGGGCGGCAGACGCUGGCUCCCUGCUGCUCAGCCCGGGUCUGCGGAGGAGCCGGGAGAGGCGGGCCCUGGCCGCCCCUGGAGGCUCCCCAUUCAGACAAGCCCGGCGCAGAGCGGUGCAUCCUGGCAGCGCCGAAAUCAUUAGCGCCACCAAGAUCAGCGGCAAGCUUGGGGGUGGCUACAGUGGGGGCUACUCCUGCAACCUGGGUGGGGACUUGGGCUCCAACUUUGGCAUCUCGGAUGCCCUGCUGGGAGGCAGUGAGGAGACCGUGCAGCGCCUCAGCCUGGCCUCUGACCUGGACAAGGUGUGUGCCCUGGAAGAGGCCAACACUGACCUGGAGCCGAAGAUCCGUGAGAGGCACCAGAAACAGGGCCCCGGGCCUGCCCAUGAACGCAGCCCCUACUUGAAGAUCUGCGGGGCAAGAAUGCCUGGCAGUGCCAGAUCAGAUACUGGGCUCGGUCAGGCGGCGGGGAAGCCGGGGAGCCCUGAUCCUGGCAGCCUUGUGCUGCAGAUUGUCAGUGCCCACCUGGUGGCCGGCGACUUCAAUACUUCCGCACCAACCGAACCUGCGUAUGAGCUGUGCAGGGUGCUGGACGAGCUGGCCCUGGCCAGGUGACCUGACCUGGAGGUGCAGAUCGAGAGCCUCAGGGAGGAGCUGGCCGACCUGAGGAAGAGCCCCGAGGAGGAAAUGACCGCCCUGCGGGGCCAGGCGGGCGGCGACGGCAGCGUGGAGAUGGACGCCGCCCCUGGCGUGGACCUGAGCCGCAUCCUGAACGAGACGUGUGACCAGCACGGGAAGAUGGUGGAGCAGAACCUCCAGGGCACCAAGGACUGGUUCUUCAGCACGAUGGAGGAGCUGAACUGAGAGGCGGCCCCCGACACCGAGGCCCCACAGAGCAGCGGUGCCGACGUCACUGAGCUCCGCGGCUUCGUGCAGAACCUGGGGACGGAGCUCCGGUCCCCGCUCUGCACGAAAGCGUCCCUGGAGAACAGCAUGGCCGAGAUGGAGGUGCGCUGCGGGGCCGGGGCGCAGCUGCAGGGGCUGAUGGGCGGCGUGGAGCAGCAGCUGUGUCAGCUGUGCUGGGACGCAGAGUGGCAGAGCCAGGAGUACCAGGUGCUGCAGGACGAGAAGACGUGGCUGGGGCCGGCGAUCGCCGCCUGCCGCCGCCCGCUGGAGGGCGAGGACUCCCUGCAAGCGGGGGCUACGGCCGCUUUCCCCAAAGGCCAUGAGGUUUUCGGGAGGUGA